AAACUGGAACUGUAAACAACGAAAUGUCAAAGUCAACUGUUCGCCGCUCCGGACGUGUAGUUUGUAAAUUAAUUUAAAAAAAUUAUAAAAUGCAUUUUCCUCUCCGGAAAUGUUAUCACGUUAUUAAAGUAGGGAUCUUUUUAGUGAUUAUUGUAACAAUUCUUACGUUAUUCGAACAAUGGCGGGGUGGUAAGAGAUCGGCUCGCGCCCAGGAUGUAGACGCACUUGAAGAUGAAUAUGAAAAACAAGUUCUUGAAGACGAGGCAAGAAUUAUUCCUGGACUAGGAGAAGGUGGAGUAGCAGCGCGUCUAGUUGGAGAAGCUAAGCGUCUAGGAGAAGAGUCCGAGAAAGCACUAGCUAUUAACGUAUAUUUAAGUGACCGGAUCGCGUAUAACAGAACUUUAAAAGACUACCGUAAUCCGGCAUGUCGUCGUAUGCUCUACGAUGCAGAGCUUCCAUCUGCUUCGGUGAUCAUCAUCUUUCACAAUGAACCAUAUUCAGUUGUGGUGCGAACAAUAUGGAGUGUGGUGAACAGUGUUAGAAGAUCACAACCAUGGUAUACAAGGGCUAAUUACGUGGAAAGAGCUACCGGAAGGACUAUGACCUUAGGUUAUGCAGGACAAGAUCCGAGUUCACCAUUUGUAUACUUGAAGGAAAUAAUACUCGUGGAUGACAAUUCUACGUUACCAGAGUUAAAGGGCAAGCUGAGCCAUUACAUACGUACUCGAUUACCACCAGAUUUGAUACGUAUAUUAAGACUACCUGAUCGCGUGGGUCUAACUCGAGCGCGGCUGGCGGGCGCGAGGUUCGCUAAAGGCGAUGUGCUGGUAUUCCUGGACGCGCAUUGCGAGGGUCAGGCGGACUGGCUGCGGCCGCUGCUGCAGCGUGUCAAGGAGUCCCCGACCAGUGUGGUUGUACCCAUCAUUGAUGUCAUCGAGUCGGGAAACUUCUACUAUAGUGUGCAAGAUCCAGAGGCGUUUCAGGUUGGGGGAUUCACUUUUAUGGGACACUUCACUUGGAUAGAUGUGCCUGAAAGAGAGAAGAAACGACGCGGCUCCGACAUUGACCCAACAUGGUCACCGACAAUGGCGGGUGGUUUGUUCGCAAUGAACCGCGCUUACUAUUGGGAGUUGGGGGCAUACGACGAGCAGAUGGCGGGCUGGGGUGGAGAGAACCUUGAGAUGUCCUUCAGGAUAUGGCAAUGCGGUGGUACACUGGAGACGAUACCGUGUUCCCGUGUCGGCCACGUGUUCCGCAGCUUCCAUCCUUACGGUCUGCCCGCUAUGUCGGACACGCAUGGUAUCAACACAGCGCGCAUGGCGGAGGUAUGGAUGGAUGAUUAUGCAGAGCUUUUCUACUUACAUCGACCUGAUCUACGUAAAAACCCAAAGAUCGGUGACGUGACACACCGGCGCAUCUUGCGAGAGAAGCUGCACUGCAAGAGUUUCCAGUGGUACCUCGACCAUGUCUACAAGGAGAAGUUUGUGCCCGUACGUGAUGUCUACGGCUUUGGAAGGUUUAUGAACGCGUGGAGCAACCUAUGUCUAGACACGCUACAGCGGGAUGGGGAGGGGACACCACUUGGCGUGUAUCCCUGCCACGACACGCUGCAGGCCACGCAGUACCUCUCCCUGUCUCUCAAGGGAGAGUUGCGUGAUGAGGAGAAAUGUGCUGAAUUGCAGUACACCAGACAUAUACCUGAAGAUAAUAUAGACGGAGAAGGUCGCAGAGUUCUGAUGGUGACAUGUCAUGACAAGGAUCGAGGACAGAAAUGGCAGUACUUGGACAGCAAGCAGCUGCAGCACGUGGAGUCUCAGCUGUGCCUGCAGACAGGCGAGCGGCCCGGCGCUGACGUCACCGCGCGCCGCUGCAGGGACAACCUGCCCGCGCAGCAAUGGCUGAUAGACUACAGCGAGGAUAAUGACUUCAGAGCCUCCAACGAUAUUGAGCCCAGUGAACAAGAAGUGAAUCUAAUGCGGCUGAGAGGACAACGAAGAAAAUCACGUUCUCUUCUCUCCGUCGAAACAGAGAACGAAGCUAAAGAAGCGCGCAGAUCUCACAAAUCUAAACGUAAAGGGAAGAAAUCAAAAAAGAAGAAUAAGAAGAAAGUAAUCAAGAAUAAAUUCAUUCUAACACUCGUCCGUACGAUGAAGAAUAAUACAGAGGAACAUCUAGAAACGGAGAUACAUUGCAAGCAUACACGACUUUAUCCUAACAACACGUUUGUUAGAGAUCUUGUUACUAUACUUAAUGAUAAUAAUAUCAAGGUGAUAAACAACGGUCGUGUAUUCGAACGCAACAAGGUGACAGAACUAAGCAAAGACAAGAAAGUGGAGAAAGUGCUCAAGAAGAUGGACGUGCGGAUGCCGCCGGAGGAGCAGGACACAACCAGCGUCACACCAGCGCUGCCUCAGCCACAUAAUUCUAUUGGACAGAUACCGGUAAUGGAGGUACCAAAGCAACCAUGGCGCAACGGGAAGAAGCUGAAGCCGGGCAGGCUGGUGGAGGAGGCGAGUGGUUCCGGGGCUGGGGCCGGGGGCGGGGGCAUGGACGAGGACGAGGUAAAUGUCGCCCCGGCGGGCAGGCCGCCGUCCACACAGAACAAGAUCAUUGUCGAGGAGUUCGUCGAGGUGAAGCAGCUGCCCAACGACGCGCCGCAGGCAACAAAGAAAAGGAAACAUAGACGCAAGCACACCACUAUGAUCCCGAUGUACCAACCUGAUGACAUUGAAGAUACGCCUUUGAUGGAUACAAAGCUAAGAGCUGGUCUGCCGACUUGGAGCGAUGACUACGACAACUACAAGAGAGAGACGUCGGAAGAAAAGGUCGGCAACAUGAUGAUUAGUGUUGAGAACUCACACUACCCACCGCAGAAUGUGAAGAGUCACUUCGGCAACGUGCUGGUGGAGCGGCUGCAACACGCGCGGCCCCACGUGCGCACGCAGAACGGACCUUACAUCGAACCGGGGACGAGUGAGGCGCCGGGCGAGGGGGGCGAGGGCGAGGGCGGCGCGGCCCCGCAGGCCCCGCGGCCGCGCGCCCAGCAGCCAGUCAAGCUGGUGAUGAAGAGCAACCUCACCUUCAACCUUGGCGAUGAGUUCUUCAACUGGCGACGGAACGCUGAUGACGUCGCACAAUUCCUGGGCGAGCUUGGUAUACCAUUAAACACAAACGCGACACGAUCCAUCGUCAACUGGACGAAGCCGCUAAAGAUCGAGGUGAAGGAGCCGCCCCCCGUGCGCAAUGCCACCGCCUCCAGCGCCACGGGCGAGGACUACUCCUCGGGGUCAUCAGACAGCGCCAGUAAGGAGACAUAGACAACAGUCGCCAUCUUGUGGCAAUUAUUAUCUUGUGUCAUUCACCAUCUUGUGGUAAUUGUCAACUUGCGUCAAUCGCCAUCUUGUGGCAAUUGUAUUCUUGUGUCAGCCGCCAUCUUAUGGCAAUUGUCAACUUGUCAAACGCUAUCAUAGACACGUCCGCGUACACUCACUGUCAAACUUCGACUGACAUCAAAAGAAAGCAAUUUGUCGAUUAUUGCCUUCUUUUGAUGGCUAUAAUUUUCAAGCGCCGAUCGUGUAUCUAAAAAAAUCAAUGUUUUUACAUAUAUUAAUAAUUAAACAUAUCUUAAAAGACAAUGUAACCACAGAAUCUAAUUUUUAAGACUGAGUAUUAUAUAAAAUGCCGUCCAUUUAUAUAUUUAUAUAGUAUAUAAUAGAAUUUAGUGCAUACAAGGUAUAUUCAGGGCUAGAAAACGUCGUUAUAAAUAUAUAGCUUUUUUGCUCAUACCAGUGUUUAUUGGUAAUUGUUUGGUAAAACAUUUUGACAGAAGUUUGUCAAAUGUGUUUAAAACUCAGUAUUGGACAAUCAUGGACGACCAACAUCGCAAGAUUUGAGAUUUUUGCUUUUAAUAUAGUCGGAAUGUAUAUUUUUACAUAAUUUGUAAAUUACUUAAAAAUGUAAUUAUUAUUCUAUUGACAAUUCGCUAUAAAAAGUAGAUAUUAGAUAGUUGUUUAUGCAUAAUAGGUUAAAAGUGUUUUAUGUUUUGUUGGCAUAAUAUAAGAAGUUCAAUAUUGUGUUUUUGUGUAAAUAUUUAUCAAAACUUAUUAUUUUAAAAUUAAGUGAAGUCUUGUUGUAUAUUACUAGAUGGCGUUACAAUAUUUUGUAAAUUUGAAAACAUCAAAAUAACUCACACCCCUAACCCAAUGGGGCAGACAGAAAGAGAUAUUUAAAAAUUAUAACAUAACUAUCUGUCGCCCGCGACUCCGUCCGCCUGGAAUAAAAAACAC